GACGCGCGGCAGCUUGUUCUUCGUUUUUCGUUCGGUAGAAAGUGGAUUUACUCGCCGAAAAGUGAGCUUCUGGUAACACGUUCAACAGUACUGAAUAAGUGGGAUCGAUUGAGUGAUAUUAUAUCGAAAUACGCGUCCUUGCAUUUGUGUUUUUUGUCCGACGCCGGGAGUGGUCCUGUGUGUGGUCAUCGUUCGGAGUGCGGGCCCGAGUUUUUUUUGGGAUACGCCAUUUUCCGGGAAAAGAGGAUUCCAUUUGCCAGCAAAAAUGGAUAAAAGUGUGGCAAACAAAACGGUCGAAAAUGGAGACCAACAGGUGCUGAGCAAGAUGCAAGCCGUCUGCACAGAAAACUACUACCGUAUGGAGCAACUGUGGUCGGCCAUGUUCGACAGGCAGAUCUGCGGGGAUUAUAUGAACCGCUUGCCGGAUCAUAUGAUGGCCUUCUUCGACGAAGUAUUUGAUGAAAGCUACCAGCGCAAACGGCGCAUCGAGGAGGAGAUCAUCAAGCUACGUAAGGAGGCGCACGAUCUAAGGCGGCUGUUGAACGAGCAGCCGGAUCCGAUGCUUCAUCUGGAGACGGAGGAGAACGAAAAGUUGCCGCUCCUUACGCUCCAAACGAAGCUGGACAAUAAUCUGGAGCAGAUGCGUAGCAUGCUGCGUGAACGGCUGGUCGUAAUAGACGAUUACGUGCUGGAGGCCGAAACGCUCUGUGAAGAGCUUGGUGAGGAGCCCCGCUUGCUCCAGAAAGAUCCACUGCCGGACAAACAAGAGCUGACGGCUUACCGGAACUACAUCGAUGGGCUGAUCGCUGAAAAGCUGGAGCGUCUCGGGGAAAUUACCACGCUGCGCCGAGAAAUCAAAACAUACAUGUCGGAUCUGGAAAUACAGCCGCAGACGGAGCAGGAGCAGCACUUGCUGAACGCUCGCAAUUUUCCGCCAACGAACCGGAACAUGCAAGGUUUGCGGGAACUGCGUGACGAUACGGCCAACCAGUACCGGGAGCUGCAACGGCUGAUCGACGAAAAGCACGUUCAGUUGGCGCGCAUGUGGGAGUACCUCGAUGUAGAUCCGGCCAUUCGGCGAAAGUUUCAAAAGAUCAAAAACUACACCCAAAGCAACUUUGAUAAACUGUUCGGCGAGUACAACCGGUGCGAAACGUUGCGCCGCGAGAACAUGAAGGCGAUCGUUGAGCGAACGCGCACGGAAAUAGCGGAGUGGUGGGACCGAUGCCUCAAGUCGGAGGAUGAGCGGGCCCGCUUUACAACCUUCCGCACGCACAUCUACAACGAGGACACACUGACGUUGCACGAGAUGGAGCUGGAGGAUCUGAAAGAGUACUAUCGUGUGAAUGAGCACAUUUUUAAGCUUAUCGCCGAACGGCAGGAAAUGUGGGACCGGAUGCUGGCCCUCGAGAACAAAUCGAACGAUCCGAGCCGCUACAACAACCGUGGCGGUAAGCUGCUGGAGGAGGAGAAGGAGCGCCGUCGCAUCGGUUGCAAGCUGCCGAAGGUUGAGCAGAAACUGCGCGAAGCUUGUCACGAGUACGAGACCAAAAAUGGUCGUCCGUUUAUGAUUUACGGUCGCAGCUUGCAGGACACGAUGCAAGAGCAGUGGCAGCGUCGCGAGGAAGCCAAACAGCAGAUAUCAAGUGCUCGCAAGAAGGCGAAUGGCAUCGUUGUCGGCACGCCCGGCAGAAUCGGUGGAGCAGAUACACUGAUGCUUACCCGUACCGGGGGUGGUGGCUGUUCGACCACGAUGUCGCUACUGUCGGCGAAUCGAUCGCGCAUGAUGGGUGGAUCCUCACGAAAGGGACCGGUUACUCCGCUGGCAUCGGCCAGCAAACAGCAGGGCACUGCCGGUUCGCUAAUGAAACGAAAACUGGCCACCACGCCGACGAACAUGAUACACGCUAAGCGAUCCCUGUUGCGCCAGCUUAACAGUCCGGCACUCAGUGCGACCAAUCGUUCGAAUUCAAAGACGCUAGUGCCUAAGACCGCAGGAGGGGCACCGGCUCGUAAGCUACCGGCAGUCAAGGUGUACGAUACGAAGGUAGCCGGUUCCGUCGUGCAAAAGCGGCGAUCACUUCGAAAAUCGCAAGGUAAACGGCGAAGUGGGAUCCACAGGCAACUACAACAGCCACCAUCGGUGAUCAUUAGCUCAGCUGAAGGGACCAUUCUACAGGAUUCGGUUUGCUACGAGAACUUUGAGAACUUUCUCGGAAAUAAUGCUCCCAAUCGUUCAUCAGUUGUAGCGGCGAACACGAUGCAUCGAAACAAGCAUGCCAACGGUCUUCCCCCGGCGACGUACGAUGAUCUUGGUCUGGCGAACCUGAGCGAAGAGGAAGAGAAUCAAGAUCCUGUCGCUUCCUCGACCGCACAUGGCGCUUCGAUUACCCGCUCACAACGCCACGUGUUACAAAACUCGAUCAGCUCCCGAACGCGCACUGCUUCCAUGCGGCUCAAGGCGACACCCAACAACUGUCCCACAACAUUCUAAUAACUCGCCAAUUCUGUCUAACCUGCCGAUGCAAUAUGUUUGUGGUUCGUUCCGUGUUUAAUUUAUCAGCUUGCUCUCUAAUUCGUUUUUAAACAUGUGUCCCAUGAAUGCCGCGCGAUAGCGCGGUGACUUCCAAGAUCCCGGCACAGCUGGGCUAUUUGCUUGAUGAAGUAAUGAUUAGGCCUUCCAUGCAUCGUUGACUAUACCCCUCGGUUGCAUUUUGUUCCAUCGGAGCUGACUUGGCGCAGCACCCUUUGAUCGGAGCAGCAUCAUCGUAUUAUUGGAAGUUGGAGGCAAUUUUGCAGAAGAUGUUUGUUACACGGCAGCGAUCUCAUCCAGACAGACGGAACUUUCUCGGACAUUUGCCCUCUCUGUGCGGUUAUCGUUUGAAUUUUAUGAUUUAUCCUGAUGGAGCAUUCUCAAUUUUACGUUUCGACCACAACUUUAGUGUUAGGCAACUGAGAAAAAACAUGCAAUAGUUUUAGGUUUUCCAAAUUUCUUUUUAGGCUCUAGAGAGGCAUCGUAUAACGAGAAAAUGAUCGUAUCGUUGCACCGAGAGGCCACAUGUCCGAGAAUUUGUUUAGGAAGUGUGCGUUGCGAGAGUAAACUGUAUACAUAUUAAUUUGAUUAAUGUAAUAUUGUUGGAAUAAAAGCAGAAGAUACUAACCUUCA